AACUUUUCUUGUGUCACUUGGCUGCUCCUCAUUGUUUUCCUUAGUUUCCUGGUCCUGUAUGGGAUAUGACUCUUCCAGGCCUUCAAGAAGCUGGGCAUUCCCAGGCCACGGUCUCUGCCAUUUUUGGGAACUUUCCUGGAGUACUGGCACAUGAUCCUGAAUUUUGCUCAGAUGUGCUUUGAAAAUUAUGGUAAAAUCUGGAGGAUUUUUGACGGCAGGCAGCCUGUGCUGGCUGUUUCGGACUCCAUCCUCCUCAAAAACAUCCUGGUGAGAGAGUGCUACACCGUUUUUACCAAGCGCUGGAGCUUUGGUCUGAACGGGAUCCUGGAGUCGUCCCUCAACAUGGCUGAAGAUGAGAAGUGGAAAAGGAUUCACACUGCGAUGUCUGCAGCCUUCACCAGUGGGAAGCUAAAGGAGGCUACUCCCACGUACAAUGCCAUCACCCAGAUGGAGUAUCUCAAUACGGUGGUGAACGGAUCCCUCCAGCUCUUCCGCCCCAGGAGCUGGAUUGAGAGGGUCUGCAAGAAGAUGGUGGAGCUCAACAGGGUGACUCUUCCAAAGGGCAUGGCAGUCAUGAUUCUAGCCUAUGUGCUGCAUCGUGACCUGGCAUGCUGGCCAGAGCCGGAGGAGUUCAGGCCUGAGAGGUUCAGUAAAGAGAGUGAAGAGUCUGUUGACCCCUACACCUUCCUGCUGUUGGGGGCUGGCCCCAGGAACUGCAGAGGAAUGAGGUUUGCUCUCCUCAUUGUGAAAGUGGCUGUGGUCAUCCUCUUGCAAAACUUCUCAUUCAGAACCUGCAAAGACACUCCGAUCCCUCUGGUUCUGAACAUGGAAAUUUUAACGCAACCGAAGUAGCCUAUCGUCCUGAAGAUGAUUCCCAGAGUCCAUGGUAAUCUGGAGAAGUGA